CCCUUUCUUUUCUGAAGACACAUUUAGACAAUCACCGUUCACUUCCAAGUCAAAAGAUCUCCUGCCUAAUGAAGCUUCCCUUCAUGGAAGGACAUCUGCACCAGAAACAGAAAAGCUGGGGCUGGAGGUGGGAAAUGGAUUGCCAUCUUGGAAAUUUAAUGACCAGCUCUUUCCUUGCGACGUGUGUGGAAAAGUGUUUGGGCGACAGCAGACUCUGUCCCGACAUCUCUCGCUGCACACAGAAGAGAGAAAAUACAAAUGCCACUUGUGCCCCUACGCUGCUAAGUGCCGUGCUAACCUGAACCAGCACCUGACCGUCCAUUCUGUGAAGCUGGUGAGUACCGACACUGAGGACAUUGUCAGCGCUGUCACUUCUGAAGGCAGCGAUGGAAAGAAGCACCCUUAUUACUACAGCUGUCACGUGUGUGGGUUUGAGACAGAGAUGAAUGUCCAGUUUGUCAGUCAUAUGUCCCUCCAUGUGGAUAAAGAGCAGUGGAUGUUCUCGAUUUGCUGCACAGCGUGCGACUUUGUCACCAUGGAAGAGGCAGAUAUGAAGGCUCAUGUCAACAGCAAGCACACAGCUGAGGAAAGGAAGACACCCAGUGAAUCUAACAGUCCAUCUUCAUCUUCACUGUCAGCACUGAGUGACUCUGCCAACAGCAAAGAAGAUGCAGAUAUAACCCCAAAAAACAAGGGUUCAAACAACUUGCUAGUCAUUUCUGUAGUGCCUGGUAGUCAGACCUCAGUGAGCACUGAAGAGAAGUCAGAGAAAGGCUUUGAAUGUGUUUUCUGUAACUUCGUCUGUAAAACAAAAAAUAUGUUUGAGCGCCAUCUGCAAAUCCACCUGAUCACGCGGAUGUUCGAGUGUGAUGUGUGCCACAAGUUCAUGAAGACACCUGAGCAGUUACUGGAGCACAAGAAAUGCCACACUGUCCCCACCGGUGGGCUCAAGUGCCCAUUCUGUAUCUACUCCACCAACCGCCCCGCAGCGAUGGAGUGCCACCUGAAGACGCACUACAAGAUGGAGUACAAGUGUCGGAUCUGCCAGACAGUGAAGGCAAACCAGCUGGAGCUGGAGAUGCACAUCCGAGAACACCGCCUCGGCAACCAUUACAAGUGCGACCAGUGUGGCUACCUGUCCAAGACGGCCAACAAGCUGAUCGAACAUGUGCGUGUCCACACCGGGGAGCGCCCUUUUCACUGUGACCAGUGCAGCUACAGCUGCAAACGCAAAGACAAUCUCAACUUGCACAAGAAACUGAAGCAUGCUCCACGCCAGACUUUCAGCUGCGACGAGUGCCUGUUCAAGACUACCCACCCUUUUGUCUUCAGCCGCCACGUGAAGAAGCACCAGAACGGGGACUGCUCCGAAGAGGAGAAGAAGGGCCAGUAUUCAACCUCCAAGGCAGGCAGUCUGCUCCUACCAGUGAACAGCUCCAGAAGCCUCCUGUCCCCCCUCUCAGUUAUGUCUGCCUCCCAUGCUCUGCAAACAGUGGCUCUGUCAGCUGCGCACGGCAGCGGGGCAGAGCCAAACUUGGCAGUGAAAGCCUUGGCCAUCAACGGCACUUCCCUGUGCUUUGAUAAAUACUGGAACUCAGAGUUUGCCCACCUUAUUCCUUUAACAAUGUUUUUCCCCAAAAACCACUACGAUCUCACAUUCCAUCCCCCAAGACCUCAGACUGCACCGGCAGGGGCCUCUUCACCCAAGCACUCCUUCCUUGCCUACCUUGGACUAACAGAAAGGGCAGAAACUGUCUGAGGGCAGUCACCUUCUGUACCAAAAAUAAAUCCCUCAACGAACCCAGCAGGUAUACAUUGCUGCAACACGUAGACUGAAGAGGUAACGAACACUUGUACUAUAUCAUUAGUAAGGUUUAGAAAAUGGCUCUGUGUGUAUACUUACUGCAUUGACAUGAAAGCUGCUUUAUUAAAUCUUCAAGAGGUGACCUACUGCAUACUUCUACCUUCAGAAGCAUGUUCCCAGUACUCUUAUCUAAGAAGCUAUUUUGUCUUGUUAAGCUGAAAAAGAGUGUCCUUAAUGGCAAUCAGCACUUGUAAGAUUACAUACUGAUGCAUUUUAUUUUUUUAGUCUUUGUGUACAUGCGGGCGCGUGAAAGAGAGCCUGCCUGUAGCGUGCCAUGACAUUGCUUUUGCACAUCCCUUGUAUUGGCUUAUUUAAUUAUUAUUCUUUUUCCCUUUUCAUACACUUCCUCCCUUCCUCCCUCCCCUCCCUCUCCCCCUGAACUGCACAGUUGCAGAAGGAUAACGCUUGGUUCAGGGUGGAUCGGUGUAUUACUUCAGUGCUGUUGGCAGCUUCCUUUACUUGUUCGAUGCCUUGUACUCAGUUGUCAAGGUUUGAGAAUUUGGGGUAGAACUAAUGAGGAAAAAGUUGCUUUCAGCACUGCAGGACGAGAGUAUGGCAACGCAAAGCGUGUGUACGUGCACACACAUGCAUGUGCAGCAGGCCCAAACUUAACUGUUAGACAGGUAGGUGUAACAGACACCUGCGUCUGGGCCAUAGCAUACAUCUUUUUUUUAAAAGGGCAUAUAAAUAUUUUAUAUAUAUCUAUAUAUAUACUGUAUUAUGCAGUGGUUACCUUUUAGUUUGCAGGAACAACUUGUAUAACUAGAAUUCUAUGGUGGAAAAAAAUCCAACAAGGGGAUUUAAAAAAGGGUAUGGAUAAAUUCUGGCUAUAAAUACU